CAGCUCAGUAUGGGAGGGAGGCCGUCAAAGUGACAACGCUUCACGGCGAGAAGGACAGAAGAGGUGUGUUUAGUCUCUGAUGUAGCUUAACGGCAAUAUCAGCGAAGCAGACAUCAGACUUCUUGCUGGAGGAAGGAAACCUCAAUUGAUCGGAUAAAGUGGCAGUCCAUGAACGUGAGGUGCAAAGAUGAACCAAACGGCAUCCGUCUCUCAUCAGAUUGAAUGUCACCCCACCAAGGAUGUCAAGGAGUUUGUGGAUAUCAGCACCCCGCAGAGGAACUGGAAGGGCAUCGCCAUCUCUCUGCUGGUGAUCGUGGCCGUCUGCUCGCUCAUCACCAUGUCUGUGGUCGUCCUCACACCUGCUGAUCACCCGGGUAGCGUCAAGUCUCCGCUGACUGUGGACGAUCUGUACUCUUCAGAGUUCACUGUGCACGACCCAGAAGUCACAUGGAUAAGUAAUUCCGAGGUGGUGUACAGGAACCGAGAUAACCAUGUUGUGAAAUUCGAUUUCACCCGCAACGAGACCCAAGUCCUGCUCAGCAACACAACAUUUGUGGCGUUCAAGGUGGCCAAGUACUCACUCUCAGCGGACCUUCAAUAUGCACUCUUUGCUUAUGACGUCAAACAGGUGUACAGAUAUUCCUACCAGGCUUCCUACAUCGUUUACAACAUAUACACCCGGGAGGUUUGGGAACUGAACCCUCCUGAAGUUUCCAAUGCUGUGCUGCAGCAUGCGGCGUGGGGAAAACAAGGACAGCAACUGAUUUACAUUUUCGAGAACAACAUCUACUAUCAGUCAGACGUGAGGAGCAACUCCCUGCGGAUUACCUCUUCUGGCAUGGCGGGCGUCAUCUUCAAUGGGCUUGCUGACUGGCUUUAUGAAGAGGAGAUUCUGCGCUCACACUUGGCCCACUGGUGGUCCCCCGAUGGAGAGAAACUGGCUUUCCUGACCAUCAACGACACAUUAGUACCAAACAUGGCUUUGGCCCAGUUUACUGGCGGCACCUACCCCCGAGGACUUCAGUACCCGUAUCCCAUGGCCGGCCAGACAAACCCUGCGGUCAAGCUGUCUGUAGUCAAUCUUUUUGGGGUAACGCACUCUGUGGAGCUGCAUCCUCCCUAUCAGCUCAGCCUACGGGAUUUCUAUAUCACCAUGGUGAAGUGGAUCAGUAACACGCACCUGGCCGUGCGCUGGCUCACUCGGGCCCAGAAUGCAUCAGUGCUGACAGUGUGCGAUGCGGCCGUGGGAGUCUGUCUUGCGCGGCAUGAGGACUCUUCAGAUUCAUGGAUCUCCAGGCAGCAGAACCAGGAGCCUCUGUUUGAUAAAGACACAACCAGGUUUUUUCUUGCCGUUCCAUUGAGACAAGGAGGUCAAGGUGACUUCCAUCACAUCACCAUGUUCACCAAAAAGCUCCAAAGCAACAAGGAUGAGAUUGAACACAUCACGUCCGGCGCCUGGGAGGUGACACAAAUUGUGUCUUAUGAUGAAAGCAAGCAGGUCAUAUACUUCCUGAGCACAGAGGUUUCUGCACAACAGAGGCAUUUAUACAGUGUGUCCACCCUGGGUGCAUUUCCACGACAGUGCCUCACCUGUGGACUGCGUGAGGCGUGCACCUUCUUUGAGGCUAACAUCAGCCCUGACGCGGAGCAUGCCAUCCUGCAUUGCAAAGGUCCGGGAGUUCCAUCGGUCCUGCUUCUUAGUUUGGACGAGGUGGACUCUUAUUUCAUUCUGGAGAACAAUCAUCCUCUGUGGUCGAUGCUGUCCACCAAAAGAAUGGUUCAGUCCCGAAUCCACACUAUCCACCAUAGCAACUAUGAACUGCCUCUGAAGCUCAUCCUUCCUCUUGACUUCUCAGAGUCCUUCCUCUACGGCCUUCUGCUCAUUGUAGGCAGCUCUCCUGGUGAUCAGGCAGUCACUGAGGAGUUUAGGCUGAACUGGGACUGGGUGCUGGUGGGCUCGGAGGAGGUGAUUGUGGCCCGGCUCGACGGUCGGGGUUCUGCGUUCCGAGGUCAAAGGAUGCAGCUCCACAAUAACAUUGGGCAGGUGGACGUUGAGGACCAGAUAGCAGCUUUAACGUACUUGGUGAAGCUUCCUUACAUCGAUCCAACUAGGGUUGGCAUUUUUGGAGAGGACUAUGGUGGUUACCUAGCGCUAAUGCUGAUCAAGUCCACCGAGGGAAUGAUCCGAUGCGCUGCAGCUCAGGCUCCUGUUGUUGACUGGACUAUGUAUGCUUCUGCAUUCUCAGAGCGAUAUUUUGGCAUGCCUUCAACUGAGGAGAACAGAUAUCAAAUGUCGAAAGUUCUGCCAGACAUGAAAGGCCUGCAGGGAGGAACUCUGUUUCUCGCCCAUGGGACCGCUGAUGCAAAUGUUCACUUUCAGCACUCAGCGGAACUCAUCAAGCAUUUGAUCAGGGUGGGAGCCAACUACACCAUGCAGAUCUACCCUGAUGAGGGCCACUUCCUGUCAAGACGCAGCCAGAUUCAGCUGAGGCACUCUUUGAUUGGCUAUUUUAGAGGUUGUCUGUUGGAUGCAUCAUCAUUAUUGGACAGGCGGGCUGAAGAUGAGUGAGGAACUCCACAAAAGAAUAGUGUGUGUGUGUGUGUGUGUGUUUUAUACUCUUAGCACAAUUUUUGAUGGACAAGUAAGUGAAGACUUAGAGCAGGGGUGUCCAAACUAAGCAUACAGAAACACUGAGGGAUGCCAAGGCCACUAAACAUUCAUCAUACUUAAUGUAUUAGCAUAUUAAAACCAAGCCAGCAUUUAUACAUUGAUGCACCCCUCACCAUUAAAAAAAAAGAAAAAGAAAAAAAA